ACGCGCAGUUGCCAGGUGAGGCAACGACGACGUGUUUGCCUUGUUACGCUCACCGGGGGGACAUACGGUUAGUUGUUGCAUAGAACUUUGCGGACUUUCAACGUCGCUCCGUUCGAGCUAGCGAGCGGCCACGAGAAAAAAAAAAAUCCAAGUAUUACCUCUCGAAGCUCGGGAAUACCUGUUCUCGGAUUUUUCCUCUCCAGGUUCACAGGUGUGCGUGCCCUCGAUUCAAAUCGUCAUCGUUGCCAUAACCUCAAAAGUUUGCCGCGAGUUUCCGUUUCGUUUCGCGAAUAGAGAGAGAGAGAGAGAGAGAGAGAGAGAAACGAUGUCGCGUGUAGUGGAUAAUCAGUGAAUAUAAUCAGUGAUAUAGGGACGUCUCGAUAUCUCUCGAGACGUCGUGCGAGUGUGUGGCACGGAGAGCACGUAAUAGCAGGAAGAGAGGAGAGAGUGAGGGGGGAAUCAACGAGCCAGCACUUCGGAGCUGCCAGGUGUGCGGCUCCCACGGGAAACAAUGACGGGGACAAGGACGGGAUCGGAUAGCGGUGGAGAGGGAGGAGGCUCGCCGAAUAUCCUGGUUGCCCUUUACGUGGCGACCGCCGGUCUUCAAGGAAAUGCGCUCGGCUCCGACGAGGAGGAGAUCACGCUGCUCGUUUACGUGCUCAUCAACGAGCAGCAGAAUAAGGUACUAGGUAGGCAGCAGUAUAUCGUACGACCGAUGAUAAUGGAGGAAAGAUGUACUUCUGGAACCGGUAGUGACAACCCGGCAAUUGCCGGAAGUAGCGGUAUUAUUGACGAGGCAGCGCUGGCGCAUGCUCCAACCUUGACUGAACGAAAUCUUCGAGAAUAUGGAAUACCUCUGCAGCAAGCUAUUGAAAAGUUUGAAGCAUGGUGGAGUUCUAUGUCCGGUGUCACGUUCGGUGCUAAGCCGCGAUUCAUCGUAGAUGGUCAAGCACCGAUGAGGCAAUGUCUACAUCCGGAGGCCUGCAACAAAGAUAUCGAGCUACCGGAACAUUACAAUUACUUCCACGAUUUGCGAAAGGAUUUUGUAGAGUGCUAUUCGUCUUACGGAGAAUUAUCGACCCUUGGAGUACAAGAGAUGUUGCAAUAUUUCGGACUGCCGCCUGAUACCGACAAUGAUUUUCAUGUUAAAGAGAUACAGGAUAUGGUGAACGUGAUACAGAGAAUGAUCAAAGAUGGUCACAUUUUUAAGAAUCCAGAAGUAGUUAACAUUGUCUUAGAACCUGGCAUAUGCUCUAAGGAUGAAGAGGUAGAUAAUGACUGCGUAGUAAGAGCACGUGGGCUUCCUUGGCAAUCUUCGGAUCAGGAUAUUGCAAAGUUUUUUCGCGGAUUAAAUGUUGCCAAAGGUGGUGUAGCUCUUUGUUUAAGUCCUAUGGGAAGACGUAACGGCGAGGCAUUGGUACGAUUUAUUAAUAAAGAACACAGAGAUAUGGCGCUGAAACGACACAAACAUCACAUGGGUGCACGAUACAUAGAGGUUUACAAGGCCUCUGGAGAGGAUUUUGUUGGCGUUGCUGGUGGUACAAGUGGAGAGGCGCAUGCUUUUCUGUCACGUGGGGCUCAAGUUAUCGUUAGAAUGAGGGGCUUGCCAUAUGAUUGCGUUGCUAAACAAGUGCUGGAAUUUUUUCAAUCUGGACAAAAACCAUGUCAAGUGUUAGAUGGUGAGGACGGAGUGCUGUUUGUGAAGAAACCUGAUGGUAGAGCAACCGGUGAUGCUUUCGUAUUAUUUGCAAAAGAAGAGGAUGCUGUAAAGGCUUUGAGCAAACAUAGAGACUGCAUUGGUAGUCGGUACAUAGAACUCUUUCGAAGUACAACUGCAGAAGUGCAACAGGUCCUAAACAGAGCAACUGAUCCAAAGCAAGUGAUAUUACCACCACCCCCUAUCACACAACUUCCACCUUUGCUUCCGCAACAUAUCAUUACAUCUGGCACACGUAAGGAUUGUGUUAGACUACGUGGUUUGCCUUAUGAAGCGCUUGUAGAGCAUAUUUUGGAGUUUAUGGGUGAACAUUCUAAAAAUAUAGUCUAUCAAGGUGUUCAUAUGGUUUACAAUGCACAGGGUCAACCAUCUGGCGAAGCAUUCAUCCAGAUGGACAGCGAGGCGUCGGCGUACGCGUGCGCGUCACAGCGGCAUCAUCGGUAUAUGAUCUACGGCAAGAAGCAACGGUACAUCGAAGUGUUCCAGUGCAGCGGCGACGAUAUGAAUUUGGUAUUGACAGGUGCGGUAACACCGCCGUCGACCAAGGCCCUACUAUCACCCGGUACGUUGACCACACAAUCCUCCGCGACCUUGACACAUCCGUCAGCUGCGCCGACGGCGAUGCCGGUACCGGUACCGACCGCGCAGCCACCGCCGCCACCACCCCUAUGGGAUCCCAUUCACGCUCUGGUACAAGCUCAAGCCGCGCAGGCGGCUCAAGCGCAGGCCGUCCAGGCACAAGCGCAGGCUAUUAGGAAUCAGGAUCUGUGGUUGAUGGCUUUAGCGUCGAAUCAGUCUUCCACCACGAACACUCCCGCUUCGCCUCCUACUCCGACGGCCGCUGCAGCCGCCGCCGCCGCCGCUGCCGCCGCUAGCAAAUCCCUAGCUCUGCCGAGCCCGAAUCCGGCGGUUCCCCAAAUUUCCUACGCAAUGACGUCACCGACCGCCGCUGCGGUUGCGGCGGCGCUCCACGCGCCGACGGCUACCCCGGCGGUAGCGGCAGCGGCGCCAUUUUUGCUUUUCAACGUUCAUCAUCCCCCUCAUCAUCAUCAUCCUCAUCAUCAUCAUCAUCAUCAUCAUCAUCAUCAUCAUCAUCAUCCCCGUAUCCCGAUCUUGCGCGCGCCAACGUCGCAUGGGUUAUUGGCGCCUAUCGCUAUGGCCACUACGCCGGCGCUGAAUCCGGCCGCGAUAAUAAGCUUGAAACGUACGUGGGAUGCCACUUUUCCCGCGAACGCGGCCGCCGCGAGCGGCGUCGCCGCGAAACGCACGGCCUGGCACGCCCCGACGGCAGCGUUUCACGCUCCGGCACCGACGCCGGCGACGCCCCACGGCUUGCCUUACCCAGCUCAAUUUUAUCCUCAGAUUUGAUGCAUUCUGCGUCCGCGAUCUGCAUCGCUGUAUGUUCGAUCUCUAGCUUACCCUCUAAUCAGCACAACAUCCGAAAAAUAUUCAGAGGAUAUUCAGAGAAUAUCCAGAGGAUAUUCGCACAUCCUCAG